AAAAAGACAAAAUACUAUUCGAAAUAGUAUUUUUGGAAACCCUAGAUUACUUUAUGUGCGUUUUGAUUUUGAUGGAAUUUGCUCCAUAUGCAUCACUUACCUCGAUUCUUUAGUAAUAGAGUCGCCAUGGACUCGAAGAAGAGCAGCAGGAGAAAACCUAGGCUCGAACGCAGCAAUGCGGCGAAGGACAUCGAUUACGAUGCGUCGUCGUUUUAUUCGUCUAUCGACGAUUCUUCUUCAUCUUCUUCUCCUCUAAUCACACGGUCGCUCGAUUUAUACGACAAAACCAGCUUCCGUAUCGAAGGAACCGACGGAGAGUUCGAACUGAUUUGUCGGAGUUUGGGCCUUAAUGGUCCUGACGAUUUUUCCAUACCGGCCGCCGCUUGGGAGGCCCGUAAAAUCAGAUCGUCCUCGGAUCUUCUGCCUCGGUCCAGAUUGAACCGGUUGCAUAGUCCUAAAGAAGAGAUGGCUCAAGUAAAAGAUGCCGCUGAAGUAACGGUAGCUGAGUUGUCUGAUAGGUUUUCGGCUACUGAGUUGACUGGGAACGACUCGUCCGAGUCGAAGCUAAGGGAAUGCUGCUCUUCCGAUAAAAUUGCGGUGGAUGAUUCUACUACAACCGAGCUAAAGACAAACGCGUCCUGUGUUUCGUGUGUUGGUGGUGGAGGAGGGAAUAGUGGAAUUAAAGGGGACAGGCCACCGUUUUUAAAGCCUCCUCCGGGAAUGAAGCUAGAAGUGAUCGAUAACGGGUGCUCAUCUUGGGAUCUGUUUAGGGAUUUCGGUCCUGACGACGAUAGAGGGUGUGUGGUUUUGGAUAACUUACUUUCUUCCGAUGACGAAGAAUAUAAACGAGAGGAGGGUAGGGUUAACGAUGAAAAUGCUAAGGAGGAGGGAAAUUUAAUGAGAAUAGGAGAGACUGCGGUGCUUUCAGAGUCUUGUUCGUUUACAACUUCGAAUGAUGAUGAUUCUUCGAGUACCACAACAGAGCCUAUGUCAAAUAUUUCCCCUAACGGUAGGUUCAAAAGGACAAUUACAUAUUGGCAGAAAGGUGAUCUUCUGGGGCGUGGGUCGUUUGGAUCAGUUUACGAAGGGAUUUCCGAGGAUGGAUUCUUUUUUGCCGUUAAGGAAGUUUCAUUGCUUGAUCAAGGAAGUCAGGGAAAGCAAAGUCUUAUCCAACUUGAACAAGAGAUUGCUCUUUUAAGCCAGUUUGAACAUGAAAAUAUAGUUCAGUAUUAUGGCACAGAUAAGGAUCAAUCAAAUUUAUACAUCUUUCUUGAGCUUGUAACCAAAGGCUCUCUUUUAGAUCUGUAUCAGAGGUACCAUCUCAAAGAUUCUCAAGUCUCUGCUUAUACAAGACAGAUUCUGCAUGGGUUGAAGUAUCUUCAUGACCGAAAUGUGGUUCACAGGGAUGUUAAGUGUGCGAACAUAUUGGUCGAUGCAAAUGGAUCGGUUAAACUUGCAGAUUUUGGGUUGGCAAAGGCAACUACGUUGAAUGAUGUUAAAUCAUGCAAAGGGACAGCAUUCUGGAUGGCCCCUGAGGUUGUCAACGGAAAAGGUCAAGGUUAUGGAAUUCCUGCUGAUAUAUGGAGCCUUGGUUGUACUGUGUUGGAGAUGUUAACCCGUCAUAUUCCGUACCAUCCAUUGGAAUGGAUGCAAGCAUUGUUUAGAAUUGGGAAAGGUGAGCCACCACCGAUUCCUGAUUCUUUGUCAAAAGAUGCUCGAGAUUUUAUCAUGCAAUGCAUGCAAGCUGAUCCCUAUUCUCGGCCAACUGCUGCGAAGCUCUUGCGGCACCCAUUUGUGAAAAGGCCUCUUCACUCAGGCUCAGCAUCACCUCAUCUUGGCAGACGGUUUUGAUUGUGUAGCCUUGAAACUAAAUUGCAACAAGAUCUUUAUUCUCGUCGGAUACCACUCUGUCCAUCAUGAUGAAGACAACUUUGGGUCCUUAAACUUUAAUGCCUUUUGGCCUUUAGUUUUGCCCCUAAACAAUUACGAGGCAUUGCUAUGGGGCCUAAUGGCAAACUGCAUAGGUCUGAAUCACCAUGAUCCCAUCCUACAAUGAUGCUGUACAGAAAAGGACUGUUCGCGAGUUAUUUGUUGUUUGUUUGUUAUUUUUGGGUGGAAACAGAUGAGAAAUUAUUGUAAGAAUUAGAAAGGGGGAUUGUAAAUAUGUAUGCGGGUAAUUUAUUUAUGGAAGUGACUAUUAGUUAGUUUUAAAUACGCGUUCAACUUUGUGUGUAAGUUGUAGGGUUGGUUGCAAAUCAGACAGAAAUCAACUCAAUCAAUGACUGAAACCAGCAUCAUUAUGAUGACGGAAAUAGGGCCGCAGAUAU